AUGAAACACGUAGUGAAAAGGAGCCAUGCCAUCAGGAUAAUUGCAGCAUUAGGCAUCGUCGGGUUGUGGGUGUUUUUCUCAUCCAACGAACUAUCGAUCAGCACGCCAAACUUGAUCAAGGAACCUGGCACAAAGGAAGCGCAAGAAGCGGCUGCUUGGAAAAAUGAAGCUCGGUUAAAAGAAAUUGAGCAGCAGACCAUCAUGCCGUUGAUGGGAGAUGAUAAGGUGAAGAAAGAAGUGGGCAGGGCGUCGUGGAAGUAUUUCCACACGCUGCUGGCCCGUUUCCCGGAUGAACCCACCGCACAAGAAAGAGAGAAACUGGACACGUUUAUCAAGCUUUACGCCGAGCUGUAUCCGUGUGGGGAGUGCUCGUACCACUUUGUCAAGCUGAUUGAGAAGUUUCCGAUACAAACGUCGAGCAGAACUGCUGCGGCGAUGUGGGGGUGCCACAUGCACAACAAGGUGAAUGAGUACUUGAAGAAGGAAAUCUACGACUGUGCCACUAUCCUGGAGGACUAUGAUUGUGGAUGCAGCGGCGACGACGGCAAGAAAGUGUCGCUGGAUAAGGAAGGCAAACAAUUAGGCUGA